CCGUGAUAUAUCCAUCCUUACGUUCAUCCCUCUGGGCUAUGCCUAUCCCGCACCUCUCUCCAUCACAUCACCACUCACGCCUCAAGACUCAGAAUCCGAUCAAAUACUUUCAUAAAUAUCUCAGACAUAGCGCCGCUGGGCACCCACCAUUCUCUAUCUAUCGUCCUCUAAAUCCCCCCUCUCCUUCCCAACCCCAGGUAUCAAUAACCCCUAGCCCGUAGGCCAGGACUAACAAUAAGAAAUAUGCAACACAUAAAAAGGGAAAAAAAAAACGAAGGUAUCCUAUCAAAAAAGUCGCCGCGCCACAUGAUG